AUGGCGAACGGAGCACACACGUCGGGGCGGCACUACACGGACGAUGAUACAAUACACAACGGCAGCCUGGGCGAUGGCCAGAGCGACAAUUCUACGGAGAUGACACCACAUCUGCCGAGCCAGGGCUUGACGGCAGAGCAAAGCGAGCAUUUAUUAGGCGGCAGCAGACAUGAGAACCUCAUCGACGACGACGAGGGCGGCGAUAAUCUACAUGUCAAAGAAUACGGCGACCUAAGUGACGUGCGCCCGCGGCCACGACGAGAAGCGUGGUGGAGGACAUGCAUCUUUUUAUGUGCCGUCCUCGCGAGUACACUGUCGCUACUACUGCUCGUCAAGAUUGCAUUCUUUGAUGGCGCUGCCGUUCGACCAGAACAGACAGAGCAAACAGAGCACGCAGAAUAUACCGAAUUGGCAAUGACCUCGGUCGUUCCAGUGCCAGAGGUUGUGGCGACGACUGCACCAACCCCUGCAACAACGACGGAGCCCGUCGGCUAUGAGGCGACGGAGACGCCCUCAUUCCGCCGGCCCGAGUCGGACUACGUCCUGGACAGAAACUGGGACUACAACGCGCCUCCAACUGUCCGCGAGUACAACUGGGUCGUGCAGAACAUCGAGGCCAACCCGGACGGCAUCUUCCGGACGAUGAUCACCAUCAAUGGGCAGUUCCCCGGCGAGCUGAUCCGCUGCAACGAGGGAGACACAAUUGUGGUGAACGUGGAGAACAAGGCUGCCAACGCCACGGCCAUCCACUGGCACGGACUCUUCCAGAACGGCACGAACCACAUGGACGGCACACCAGGCGCUACCCAAUGCCCCAUUGCCCCCGGGCGCUCGUUUCGCUACGAGUUCACUGUUAGAGGACAGUCCGGAACGUCGUGCCCAACUGACGAGCCAGACUUCUAUCACGGCCAUCAAGGCGCAGAAUCCCUCGACGGGUUGAUUGGCCCCAUGGUGAUCCACUCACGCGAUGAGCGAAAGAACCAGGUGCUACCGUACGAUACAGACCGCGUGGUUCUUGUACAGGACUGGUACCACGACCUGUCGAGCGGCCUCCUGAAGGAAGCGCUCGCACCGGGCAGUGAAUCGCCUCCGCUGCCCAACGGCGCCCUCGUUAACGGCGCCAAUGUGGUCAAUUGUGACGCGUAUCCCGACCGGCGCUGUGACAACUCUACCGGCGCGCGUGUGCCGGCACUCGAUCUUGAAGCGGGCGCCAGCCACCGCCUGCGCUUCAUCAACAUUGGUGGAUUCGCCUGGUUCGAGGUCAGUCUCGACCGUCACCUAAGCCUGCCGGUCACAGAAGUCGACGGGGUCGACGUCGCGCCUGUACUCGAGAAAACGCUUCUCAUUGCGCCGGGCCAACGGUACAGCGUGGUCCUUACGACCAACGAGACAAGCACGCCGGACCGCGCCUACUGGCUGCGCGCCCGCAUCGCCACGCACUGCUUCUCCGAGUACACGCUGGCUGGCAAGGACAACCCACAGGCAUUGGCUAUUGUACGCUACACGGAUAUCGGCGACAGCCGCCACAAACAACAGCAGCUCGACCCGGCCCGUAUUCCGACAACGAACAGUGACAGCGGCGACUACAUUGUCCUCUGCCAGGACAUGAACACACGCAAGCCCCCAAACGUCUACCAUCCUGUACCUGCCGUUCCCGCGCCCGCAUACGCCGACCAUUCCUACUACAUCCGUCUCAACAUCGAGAUCCACGACCAUCAGCUGCAGCGGGGCUACCUCAACGAGUCAUCGUACCGACCCAACCUGCUGUCGCCUGCGCUGCACCGUGCCGUGGAUGGCUUACAUGAAGGAAACACUUCGUACAUAGGCGCCGACGGCGCAGGCACGCUCGCUGCCUUUGACACGCGCUCGGAACUGGUGCUGGCGCACAAGGACGUCAAGGUCAUUGAUCUCAUCAUCCAGAACUUUGAUGAGGGCAGCCACCCGCUGCACCUGCACGGGCAUGAAAUGUUCGUACUGGGAUCAGGACACGGCUACUUUCCGGGCUAUGCAGCGCUAGGCCUGAAACCAGAGGGCAAGGGACUUUUGAACCCGCAGAAUGCGAGCGUCAUUGCCAGUCCAGUUCGGCGUGACGUCGUAUCUGUCGAGGGGUUCGGAUGGACCAUACUGCGCGUGGUCGUGGACAACCCGGGCGUGUGGAAGUUCCACUGCCACAUGAUUUGGCACGGGGACGGCGGCAUGGGCAUGUUGCUACUGUCGCGGACGGACGUGCUGCGGGACAUUGUGAUACCCGAGGCAAACCGGGCCCUCUGCGAGGCGAGCACCGCCGAGCUGGAGUCGGGUGGAGCGCCCAAGGACAGCCUAUGGUCGGGGCGGUAA